GUGAUUAAUCAAUUAUUAAUUUAAAAUGCUAUUACAUUCGAUUAAUUACUAUUUUGUUAAGAAUUAAAUUUUCCUUAAACUGAGUUGAAUUAUCUCAUCAUUUUCUAUAAAUCAUCUAUGUAUAAAAUCUAAAAUGUUGAAACGAUUACCUCCUAUUUCAUCAUUUCAUAUAUUCAAGCGUUUUUAUGUCAGACUGCUGGAAGUGGGUCAAUUAAAUGUGCCUAAAACAGUAGAAAAAUAUGAGACUGGUCAGUUAUUUUUCCAUAGAAUUUUUGGAUAUCGUGGAGUUAUAUUAUUUCCGUGGUUAGCUAGAGUAUAUGAUCGUGAUAUAGUGAAUAAAUCUGAGAGUACAGUUGGAAAAGAUGUUAAAGGCAAAACACAUACAUUUUAUCAAACUCUUAUUGAUGAAAGGGAUUGUCCAUUUAUUAGAGCUCAAACAGAAGCAGUAACUUUUCUUGGUAACCAAGAUACUAGUCGUAGUUUGUAUGCAAUACCGGGUUUAGAUUAUGUGUCCCAAGAAGACAUUUUACCUUACACAGCUACUGAGAAACAGCCUUUACAGCAUGAACUUUUUGAUAAAUUUCUAAUGUAUUAUCCUAAUAGAGAACCUCCUUUUGGUGCACAGGAAACAUUACGUUCAUGGCAAAAAAAAAAUCAUCCGUGGCUUGAAUUAUCAGAUGUUCAUAAAGAAACGACUGAAAAUAUUAGAGUGACAGUUAUUCCAUUUUACAUGGGUUAUAGAGAAUCUCAAACUAGCUCAGUAUACUGGUGGAGAUAUUGUAUUCGAUUGGAAAAUUUAGGAGAUCAAAGUGUUCAAUUAAGAGAACGUCACUGGAGAAUAUUCAGUUUAUCUGGUACGUUAGAAACUGUUCGAGGAAGAGGUGUCGUAGGACAAGAACCUGUAUUGUCUAAAAAGUCUCCUGCUUUUCAAUAUAGUAGUCAUGUGAGCCUGCAAGCGCCUAGUGGGCAUAUGUGGGGAACAUUUAGAAUGGAGCGUGAAGAUGGACAUUUAUUUGAUUGUAGAAUACCUCCAUUUUCAUUAGAAAGCAAACCAGAUGAUAAGGUUACUUUUAAUACUGUAUAAAAUAGCGCUUUUCUAGACCAUUAAAUGUUGGGUGAUCCAUGCUUAAACAACUGGUUACUGAUUCAUCUUCUCCAUGUGGACAGUCGUCCUGCAGAUCACAUACCCAUUGCCGAGGUAUACAGUUUCGUGUGUUAUAUGUGUUGUAGUUGUUCAAGCACUAAAUAAGAAAAAUUAAUUAUAAUUUUAAAAUUAUAUAAGAAUUAAUCACUUGUGGCUAAUA